AUGGACAGAGUUGAUCCACGAGGCACAAAUAUCUCAGUCUUGUCAUGCAACGUCAACCAGGACUCCGGAACACCCUCGAAUACUGGUAAUUCUUCUACAGAGGUUGAUAUUGGCGAAGUUGAAGAUGACGCUGCUCAAUGGUGGAGUGCUGUUCUGUCAAACGAUGGCAGCUGGGACUCAACUAUUCAAGAGGCCCGAAUGGCAAGCCACUGUAUUCUCCGUGCACGAAGCCGUGGAGCAGUCCGAACUCCUACAUCAUCCGCCGCCGCCCGUGGUUACUGGUCUGACUACUGUUCUCUCCACGAGAUCGAAGAUCAGAAGCUGGUAGCCUUGAUGGACGCUCUGCUAAUACCAGUUGCAAAAUAUGAUGGUAGGUCUAUCGAAUUAUCAAGACCAGUUUUGUCUUAUGGUAAAGGCAGGAGGGAAUCCAGCCGCAGCAGGCCAUAUCGCAUGGAUAAGUCUCAGUUCGACAAGCUCCUUACCCUCGGUUGCAACCCAAGAGGGAUAAAAGCACUCUUAGGCAGCGUCUUCUACGAACCCAAUGUUGAGUGCAACAUAUGUGGCAUCUGGUUACAAGGUUCCUUUGCAUUGUUGAACCAAUUCAACGAUGACAAUGCCCUUUCACGAACUCUCAUCAGACGCGAUCCGGACAUUGGUGCCCUUUGGGUCGGUGCCUUUAUGACAGGUGCCCACCACCAAUGUUUGCAAAGGGCUCAAGCAGCUUGGUGGAAUAUAGACCUCAAGGUAGCAGCCUGGACAGACACACCUAUGUCUUUCAUUCAAGAACCAAUCUCGGCUUUUUCAGGCCUGAAGCUCAAGUUUCUCGUGCAGACGAAUGCCGGUUCUAUACCUGAGCCAUGGCAGUUUCUAUACCAGCCCCCCCAUUGUUGCCUUUCAACCAUUUGGAUUCACAAGGCUGACUGAUACUAACUUGGGAUGCCCGAGAGCAUGUACUUUGUGGAAAGGAUCAUCGCCUUGUGUAUCUCGGAUUUGCAUGGAUAUCUAGGGACCAAGCAACGAGGAAGCAAGGCUCGCAAACUGCGACAUCGUUCCGCUUGAAAUGUAGUCCAACGACCGAGUGUGGCGGGAUUGCUGAUGUUGAUUACGACGAUAUUGAUUCGGAGGAUGAAGACUCAGAGAUGGUAACACGGAACAUAUUCACAUGGCUACGGGGAGAGGAUGGAUUCCCUGCCCCUGAAAAAGAAAUCCGAGAGCAUCCUUGGAUGGAUAAUUUUGAGGAUGGAGACGACGAUGACGUUCCCAAUAACAGCUAUGCUGGCUCUACAACAGGGAUUACAAGUGUUGAUAGAUGGUUGUUGAGAGCAUCAACUCAAAGAUCAAACUCAAUAUGAGCAGACGUAGGAUUCAAACAAAACAAACUCCAUUGAUACACGGC